AUGAGCAAGCAGUGCCACGUGCACGUGCGCGCGGACGCGCGCCCGCGCCCCCUCCUCUCCACCGCGAGCGCGGACUUCGGUUGGCCCGAGGUACCGGGGCGCGGCAGCGAGCAGAACCCCGGCGCGCGCCUCAUCUUCCACCGCGACUCGGUGCCGCCCGGCGACAGAGCCAAGCUGCGCAUUCCGCCCACCACGCACCAGGCGCUCUUCCCGCUGCGCGACGCGUGCCCGCAGCUCCGCGCGUCCCGCCUCCGCCGCGGUGAUUAUUCUUGUUAUUUUUAUUAUUUUUGGUGUUUGCCAGACAGCCCACCUCCCCUUCCCAGACGGGGUCGAAUUGCAGUGGGUCUGAGGCUACAGGGCCCUAAUCCCAUUCUCUCUCUGAUCUUGCCAUCCUCAGAGGGCCCCUCCCCCCUCAAGUGGGACUGCAGGAAAUGGGAUGUCGGGACCUCCUACCAGACACAGUUCCAGGCCCUGAUGGGCCCACCUGCCCUGAUGUGUAAGAGGGACUCCUCCAGUGUGGCACUGGGAGACUUCAAGAUUGGCUAUGGGCCCAUGUGUUCGGAGCAGAAACAAGCCUACAGACCCAAGGAUCUGCCCCCAGACAGGUAUGACAAGGCCCAGGCCUCGGCCGAAAUCCACUCUGUGAAUAUUGGUCCUGGAGAUGGCCUCUUCCAUGGCAGGACCACCAAGGCUGAGCACUUCUAUGCCCGGGAACCAAAGCCUGUUGUUCUUCACAGUGACAAGACUCCGGAGUCACACAUCCUGGAAGGAAAUUGGUGCCCAGGCCCAGGCAGCCUCACCACCUCCAUGCACUUCUUCUAUGGCCAGCCGCCGCCAGUGACCAACCCAAACGGCCGCCACGUGCCUCAUGAGAAUUUGCAGAGUCAUGUGACCCUAGGGGAGUCGAAGUUGCUCGGGCAGUUCUUCCAGACCACCAUGGGCAUGGACUAUUACCCCACCGGCAGCCCGCAGCCCCAGAAAGCGCUCAACCUGCACCUGCUGCAGAGCAACCUGCCGGAGGGCACCGGCGAACCAGAUUUUCUAACCAUGAACCAGAAGAUGCUGAAACCCCACGGAACAGCUCCUGCCUCCAUGACUGAGGAGAUGCUGCAGCGGUGCAAGGAUAGCCACUUGGAGCCCCCGCUGGGUAGACAGCGCUUCUUCUCAACCCAAUAUGAGGACGAGUUUGCCUUCAAGUACCAGGGCCCACCAGUGCUUAGAUUGGGCAACUUCCAUGAAAGCUACGUUCCACUGGGCUCCCCUCACCAGCGGGGCUGUAGGGGUGAGAGGGUAGACCCUCAGGCCCCCCAGGUCCCUACCUACCCAUGCCCUGGCCAGCAAUAA